AUUUGCGCACGCGCCUGCUGCGCGGUGGCGGUGAGUUUGAGUGCAGUCUUUUUUGACUUGUUUAUUGACUUCUGCUCGCGAGGUUUGUUUGUUAUUUAACAGCCUCUGCAUACUCCGGCAGUAAGGGUUUCCUGACAGCACUAUGGCUGCAGAUGACAAGUUUCGGAGCAGUGACACAAGCGUCCAGCCUACCGCCGAGGCCUCUUUGCUUCGACGUAGGGUCUUCGUUGUCGACUGCCGCCGUGAAUGCGCCGAAGCCACUGAGAGGGUGCUGGAGAGUGGAGAUGUUACUUUUGAGCAUUUCAGGGAUGCGCUGUGUCGGGUUUUCGGAAUAUACUCUGAAGAUAAUUUUGUUAUUACAACAACUUCAAGAAAAACCCUUGAUCAUGAAUCGUUUGCGAGGAUUCAAGAUGGUGAUACCUUGUAUGUGCUUCAAUCUAUUGGUCAGAAUUUGCCAAAGCCAACAAAAGAACGUAUUGAAUUCCUUCCUCAUUAUGACACGCUUGUUAAAAGUGGGAUGUAUGAAUAUUAUGCAAGUGAAGGACAAAAGUCUUUACCUUUUGCCCUUGCUGAGCUGAUUGACAAUGCUCUGUCAGCCACAUCGCAGAAUAAGGACAACAGAGAGAUAGAAAUCCGAUUGCUUUUUGAUGAUUCUCAAGGGAAGCCUGCAGUAGUGGUCAUAGAUAAUGGAAGAGGCAUGACCCCCAGGCAGCUAAAUAAUUGGGCCAUAUACAGAUUAUCAAAGUUUACACGAGUGGAAGAUUCAUUUGAAAGUGAUCAUUCAGGCUAUGUGAGACCUUCCCAUGUACCAAGAAGUUUGAACAGCGACAUAUCUUAUUUUGGAGUAGGAGGAAAGCAGGCCGCCUUCUACCUUGGGCAGUCAACUAGAAUGGUAACUAAACCGUCAAGCUCACUUGAUGUUCAUGAACUGCUACUUUCAAAGGAGGAAUUUGAAAAAAAGGAGAAAAACAAAGAGGCUAUAUAUAGUGGAUUCAUCAGAAAUAGAAUGCCUGGUGAUUCCUCACACAUAAUAUGUGAAGAUGAGAGAUUUCUGCACAGUAUUAUGUUGGAAGAAAAAAAUAAAGAAAGCUUCACUGCUGUUGUUAUUACUGGACUAUUGCCUGAUCAUACACAGUAUUUGAAGAACAAUUUUGAUCAGUUGGCACGGGAACUGGCGCAUGUUUAUCAUUAUUAUAUCCAUGGACCAAAAGGCAAUGAUAUGAGCUCAAGUAAACAUGAGCACAUUUUGAGCAAUAUUGAUAUUCAGAUCUCAAUGUUUGAAAAGGGAAAGGUUCCCAAGAUGGUUAACCUAAGAGAGAUUAAGGAUGACAUGCAAAGUUUGUAUAUCAACUCAGCUUCUGAUAGUUUUGAAUUCAGGACAGAGGUGGAUGGAGAUGGAGUGGUAGAAGGGGUAAUCAGAUAUCAUCCUUUCCUCUUUGAUCGAGAAACCUAUCCAGAUGACCCCAAUGGAAUUUUAAGUAAACUAAAGGAUUAUGAAGAUGAUGAAGACUGUAUUUUGGUUGAGCAGAAAGCCAGGGGGAAAAAACCAGUGUUUGAAUGUUUUUGGAAUGGUAGGUUAAUACCAUAUACAACUGUGGAUAACUUUGACUGGUGUGCCCCUCCAAAGAAGGGAAGUGUAGUACCUGUGGAGUGCUAUUAUCGUAUUUCUGGUGUGCUUUUCACCAAUGACAAAUUUCAAGUCAGCACUAACAAACUCACUUUCAUGGACCUAGAGCUAAGACUCAAGGAAAAGAAUACUCUCUUCACACGCUUGAUCAAAGGACAGGGUCAAAGAAUGGUAAUUUUUAAAGAGUUUACUCAAUGGUUAAAAGAGUGCCAUGAGAAAUAUGAUAAGCAAAUAAAAUUUUGUGGUUUUAAAGGAAUAAUAAGUAGACCUGAAAUUCAGUCCAAAAGGAUGCAGAGUCCAUGGUCAAAGUUUAUGUCAAUUGAAUGGGAUGGAAAAGUUUACAAAGCAGGGCAAAAGAUAAAAAGCAUGAAAACCUCCCCACUUGUUUUUGGAAGCAUUUCUCAUUUUCUUCUUCAUGGUGACUAUGAUGGUGAUGUAUAUGCUACAGGUGGAGAAGUUAUGAUUAUUGUGGAACCACAGGCCUUGUAUAAUGAGGUAAAAUACAUUCCAAUAUCAAAAAUCGACCGGAGUGCAUCACCUAACAGUAUCAAAAAGGGCAUUGAAGAUGAAAUGGCAAGACUUCCAGAUAAGCUUGCUGUAACAUGGCCCGAUGGAGAUGAGCUAAAGUCCAAUGAUAUCCUCUCUGCUGGAACUCCAAUAGGUGCAAUGAGAAUUGAGAUUUUGAACAAGAAAGGCGAAGCAAUGCAAAAACUGCCAGCUUCAAGUCACACAGGAUCAAAAAAGUUGUUGGUCGAAUUAAAAGUAAUUUUCCAUUCUGACAGAGAGGAUGAAGUAAUCAUUUCGCACAUUAGCCAGCAUGGUGGAAAGUGGCCUUACUGGUUUAAAAAAAUGGAAAGUGUUACUAGGCUAGGAAAAUAUACAUUGAAGCUCCAGACAGUGCUGAAUGAGAGCAAUGCAGACACAUAUGCAGGAAUUCCUCUACCUUCCAAGAUUAUUAAAUUUGUAGUAAAUGAGGGUAAAGCAGCUAAAUUUAUUAUGCCGAAUUUGGACCCUCCUUUUCGUGUUGGAGUACCAUUUAAUAUUCCAUUGGAACUUUUUGAUAAAUAUGGUAACCCUACUCGACCAAGUGUGGAUAUCAAAUCAGUCUUGGAAUGCAGUGGAGUGACCAUCUCUCAUGAAGGAAUAAUGAUAAAUGGAGCAAGUUUAAUCAUUAAAGGAGUCCUAGCCAAGGGCACUGUAAAUAACUGCCAAGGAAAGAAUUUCAUAAUAAAAGUUAGUCUGCCUGAGUUGGAACAGGAGUCUCAAUUGCUUAAAAUCAAACUCCUGCCUGGGCCUCCAUAUACACUACGAGUAAAGCCAGAUUCCGAAGUGCUGUCCUUUGAAAAUGGAACUACUUUUCCCUUUCAAGUUGAGGUACUUGAUGAAGUGGAAAAUAUCACAGUUCAACCUCGACUGGUAGUUCACUGUAAGUUUGCAGGUGCACCAAACUUGCCUGUCUACACAGUGGACUGCAGUACUACCGGUUUUGGCAUAUUAACUGGUCCAGUGGUCCAUAUCAAGAAGCUGAAGAAGGAUCAAGUUUUAAAUGCAAGAUUUGAAAUCCCAAGUUGUGUGAAUGUUGCUGCAGUAGAGAAGACUAUUAAUAUUCUUCCAAGUAAACGUGUUGCUAAAUUGGAAGUGUUUAGUCUUAGUGGAGACAAACCCAUUCAGAUUAUGCACAAUGAUGAAAUCUGUUGGACAGCAGGAGACUCCAUCAAAAAUGUUAUCUUCAAGAUGUUUGAUGAAGGAGACCGAGAAAUUGCAAUUACACCUUCCCUGGCUGAAAAGAUUAAGGUUAACUGGACCCCCAAAAUUAAAAAGGAUCUCCUACUUCAAGGAUCACUUCCAGACAUAAAAGUUUCCACAUCGGUGAAGGAUGUUCGUUACUGCCAGGUUUCAUUUCAAGAUGAUCAUGUUUCUUUGGAGAGUGAUUUUACUGUGAAGCCACUUCCAGAUGAGCCUAAAUAUUUGAAGUCUUCUUUAAAAGGUGUCAGCAUUAUUAAAAUGGGUGAAGAGUUGAAGGGUGAAAUUUAUUUAGAAGUUACUGAUCAGUUUGGUAAUACAAUUCAAUCACUGACAGCCUCUUCGAUAAACUCUUUGGGAAUCUCUUCGGAAGGACUUGAUAAAUCAGCUUUGAAGGUUUCAUGGCAGGACAAAACAAAAAUGAUGUUUGUUCAAGGGAUAAAGUUCUUGCCAGGAGCACCUGGUCCCAAAGAAUUAUGUUUUGCUUGGCGAGAGUUUGCAGAGUAUGUUCGAAUUAACCUGGUUGCAGGACCUCCAGCUCAACUAAAGAUUGUUCAACCUACAGAUACAGAAGAGCCUUUAACUGUUGUUAAUGGAAAAGAACUAGAAAAGCCAUUUGUUGUCCAGCUCUGUGAUCAAUGGGGAAAUCCAUCAACUGAAGCACAAGUGAAAAUCUUACUCGUGAAGGACAACAACUUAAAGACAGUACCGGCCGUUAAUAUUCAGAAAACUGAUAAUAAUGGAAUGGCUACUUUUGAAGUAUUUCAGGUGUUUGCUACUCGGGGUGAAUAUAGUAUACAUUUCAAAGUUAGCCAUAACAAAAUUAAUUUUGUUGGGCCAUUUGUAAAAAUUAAUGUCAUUCCUGAUUCCAAUAAACCUGUAAAAAUUUCUGUGGAUUAUGACAGAAAUGCAUCUUUUCCUGCUGGAGGAUUUUUGACAGUGUUCAAGGUCAGUGUUCUUUCAGAAGAUGAAGAAGUAAUGAGAAAUUUAAAUCCAGCUGUCAUGACAAUGUGUUUAUGGAAAGGUGUGAGUAAUGGUUCCCGACCACCUGGCAAUGCAACAGUGCUUAAUUGCAGUAAGCCAAAGGAAAAUGAGAAAGAUGGCUAUUUCUAUUUCAGAGACAAGAUAAUUCCAGAUCAAGUUGGUGUGUAUAGCAUCCAGUUCAUGUAUAUGCUUGAUAAAUCAAAAAUGCUCUGCAGUGAACCGAUUUCAAUAAAUGUAAUACCUAAUGAGCCAGUGAAACUGAUGCCAGUUGUUCAGCCUCCCACUCCAGUUGUUUCAAAUAUUUCUUCUGUUGCCAGUCGGACUCUAGUGAAACAUCUUUGUCUAAAAAUAAUGGAUGAGUAUAAUAAUCCAACUUGUGAAAAAAUGAAUGGGAAAAUCAUUGUCACCAUUAGAAGCUCCGAAGAGAAUGAAACUGAAAUUCCUGUAUUUCAAGGAGAUUUGGCUUCUGUUGAAUUUAAUUUUAGUAAUGGCAUUUCUCAAAUUUCAAGUCUUUUGGUUGCUGAAAAUAGCCCUGGAAAAGACAGCAGUCAGUAUGUACUUGUGUUUUAUCCAGUCAUUCCAGAGCUGGGAGAAAGUCAGUUGGAGCCAUUUGAACUUCAUUUCAUGUUUUCGAAUGAUGUUAAAAAGCAGGCGCAAAUGGCAACCCUGACAAGAGAGAAGGACCAGCUUAAGCAGUCCAUCGGUGCCUACAGGAGUUUGUUUGACACAACCAAACAACUACUUACUGAGAUAAAGUGUCAAGCAAAAGAAGCAGCAAAUAAGGAAUCUAAUUUGAAAUCACAACUAUUUAAACGUAACAUAGAUGUAUCACUGUUAAAUUCAGUACAACAGACUGAGGCACUGAUAAAGGAUAUGUUAGCUGAAAAAGAAAAAAUAAUGAAGCAACCAAGAAGAGUAUGUGCUAUUCCUAACACUCCUAAAGGCAACUCCAAUGUUUUAGGGAAGAUUGCUCAUUUGGCACUAAUUGAAGACAAUGAAGCAGCAAAAGUAAUUUCUUGGCAUUUGGCCAGCGAUAUGGACUGUGUAGUUACUCUUACUACAGAAGCAGCUCGUCAAAUCUACAAUGAAACUCAAGGUCGGCAGCAGGUGCUUCCCCUUGAUUCCAUCUUUAGGAAGAACCUUCCUGACUGGGCAAGACCUUUGCCUCACCUGCGGAAUGGAAAGUGUCAUUUUCAGCCAACCGGAAAUCCAGUAUUUGCAAGGGAUUUGCUUAUCUUUCCAGAACAUAUUGAAGACUGCAAAAUAGUGUUUGGCAUGCUGCUAGGAGAUUCCAUUAUUCUAGACAACUUGGAUUCUGCUAAUCUUUAUAGAAAAGAGGUUGUUAAAAUUACACAUUGCCCUACACUGCUGACAAGGCACGGAGAUAGAAUCCGUAGCAAUGGAAAAUUUGGAGGCCUUCAAAAUAAAGCUCCAACAAUGGAGAAGCUGAGAGGAAUGGUCUUUGGUGCUCCUCUGCCAAGUGUUUGUGCUACACUGGAAGCACAAAUUGAUCUUCUUCAGCAGUACCGCACUGCAGUGAUCAAAUGCUCUACAGUUAAUGAAGAAUUACAUUUACAGAUGGAAGCUCUGAAUUCUCCAGAAAUGAAACAAAAAAGAGAAGAACUUUCAUUGCAAGAGAAACAGCUGAAAGGUAUCGAAAAGAAACUAGGUAUGACACCAAAACGAGAGCAUGGUGAAAACAGAACAUGUCAUGAUGGCUCGCAGAGUAGUGUUGAUGAAGGUCAGCUUCCACCUCCUUCAAAAAAGAUGAGAGAUGCUGAGAUGACAAGAAUGAGGAAAAUUAAGUAUUAAGAGAGAAUACUUUGUUUAUAUUAAAUAUUUUUAUGCACACAUAAAUAUUUAAAUGUUGUUAAUAUUGUAUGUAGUGUUUCAGUUCAAAAGACCACUUCAUUUUUCAUUUUUAUGUUUUUUAAAUUUUUUUAUAUCUUUUUUCUGAAGCCUUGUGUUCGUCAGUUAAGUGUAUCCUUGAAAUGUCAUUGUUAUAAUAAUGUUAAAGUAUUAUUAUAAGCAUAAGUUGUUUGAAAAUCACUAAAGGAAUAAUAGUAUAGUGAAAGAUAAAAUAUGUUGAAGAAGCAUUGUGAAAAGUUGAUGUUUUAUACUAUUUUAUUAUUUAGAGGUCCUAUACAGGUAGAUUUUGUUUACAUUAUAGGGCAUUAUCGAUGAACCUUCGUUAAGUUUGCUACUUUUCAACAAUAUAUUUUUUAAUUUAUGUUUUGUUAAAUACUGAACAAUUUCAUACAGAGAUGAAUUCCAUUAUGUAACAAUCCAAGUUGCUCACUGUCUUCUUUAUGGAGAUUGUACACAGUGUAAUUACAGGUUGUAUGCUAUGUAUAGUUAAGAUGAGAUCUAUUUUUGUAAUUUUCUAUGAUGUGAGUUAUGCAUUUUAAUCAAUAAAUCCGUUAGUUCUGUCUCUCUGGAAAAUGUCACAAUUUUGAAUGUCUCUUGUGAACUUUCUAAUCCUACUCAAUUUCUGUUUAACUCUUCAGAGAUUAAAAUCACCUAAUGUGUUAACAGUAAGUAAAAUGCAGUAAGUAAGUAAAUGUUAGGUAUUAUUGAAUCACAAGCGUGGUAAGCUGUGUUUGUACUGUGUCCGAGUCAAAAAAUUAAAUUGCAAGUUAAUUAUUUGUGAAACAGAAGUCUCAGUAUAAUGCUUAUUAUUUAAGAUGUAUGGGAAGUUCAUAGAUUAAAGUUACUUUGUAAAAUGACUGCAUUAUUUCAGAAACUAGGCUAUUUCUUAAAAAAUGCAAUACUUGAAAUAAAAUAUUUACUUUCUUUAAAGUGGAUGUUAAUAAUUUCAUAACAUGAAAACACAGCUGCAAGGUUUUUGACCUGUCUGUCUUUAAGAUGCUAAAGUUGGAAUACAAAAAGUUUGACACUUGUUAUUAAUUAAAAAAAAAAAAAACAAAACAAAAAAAAUAAAAAAAAACAACUAAGGUACUUGGUGCAUUUAAUAAGCCUUCAUGCACGUCCAUUAUAAAACUGUCCUCAGGAUGCUGAUGUACUUUUGCUUUCAGAAAUUGACUGAAAUAAAAAAGUAACAAUAAAAGAUGCUUUAGCACAACUUGUUUUAUUAAAAAAAAAUAAAA